AGUUUUUUAUUUAUUUUUUUCAAAUUGCUAAAAUGCACUACUGUUCGUGCUAAAAUGCGCCAGCCAGUACUCAACUAAACGUCUUUUUCUAUUAUGUCACGUGGUAGUCAAAGAACCACUUUAAUGGUGUCCUGGCUUAAGCAAAACAUGCUCUAAUAACUUGCUUAGUUAAGAAGUAAUAUGAAAUAUAAUGUUCAACAACCAAUAAAGUAAUGUGAUAAUGUUGGUCUUUUUUUUUUGGUUCCUUAACUAAGAAUGUAAAUAGAGUAAUAAAGCCAAAGCUAAGAGGUUCUGUCUGUCAUGAGUGUAAAGAAUGUAUAAAAUUAUGUAAUGGGUAUGUGUUAAAAUGUACUAAUUUUGGCUUUGGAUGCUUCUUUCGCUAUUGGGUCUCGAGUCUCGUGCUUGAGCUUUUACUACCUUUUUUCUGGGUUUUUGGUGUUUUUUUAAUAUGUAAAAAGCAUGAGAUAAAAACAGGGUUUUGUGGGGUUUUCUUCUUAAAGAUUUGAUCUUUGGAACAAAAAAAAUCUCAUCUUUAAUGUAGUACUACCAGUUCUUGCCUGUUUUCUGACAGUUUCUAAUUCAGGACCCCUGCUUCUUGUCUUUUUGUUUUCCUAAAGCUAAAAUUCAUAGAAUCCUCUUAGUAACUGUUGUUGACUUUUAGCUUUUGGUUUGAAUUUAAAAAUGCUAGCUUUGAACUCUGUUAGAGAUUCUGAACAUAGUGUUUUUAUUUGGUGAUCUUUUCUCUGUAUCUCUCUGGAGCCUGCCUGAGAUUUUGGACUGUGAGCUCUUCUGUUAUGGGAAAUUCAGGAUUUGGAGGUAAGGUAUGGGUUUGAUUAUCCCUUUAGGCAUGUGUAACUAGGGAUAUUUGGAGGAACUAACCCAUUCAUUUGGAACUUCUUGGGUUUUAUUGGUACGUUUUUUUGAACUGGAGCUGGGCAUUUUUGUUUUCUUCACUUUUCUCAGUUUACUGGAUUUAUUUGUUUUCUUUAAAUUCCUUGAGUAACGAUAGGAGAUCAACAAAAGUUGAGCUAGUGAGAAUUGAAAACUUAAAGCAGUUGUUUUGGCACGUUUUUUGGGGGCAUUUUGGUUUUUGAGGAAAGAAUUGAAGAUUAAAGAGUGUACAAUAGGAGAUUUUUUAGCACAGUUUUCUCCUAAUAUGAUAGUCAUUUAUACUUAAUGGUAUCCAAAAGUUGAUAUUCAUUGUGAUCUGAUUAGACUUUGGUGUUGGUAUUGACCUUACUUGGAUAGUGAUAAGCAAAUUUGGCAAGUCAAAACAGAAUAGAGAAGAAAAUGGGUUGUGUUGCCUCUAGGUUUGACAAGGAUGAGAGGGUUCAGAUUUGCAAGCAGAGAAAGAGGUUAAUGAAACAGUUAGUGGGGUUUAGAGGAGAAUUUGCAGAUGCCCAAUUGGCUUAUUUAAAGGCAUUGAAGAACACUGGUGUAACCCUGAGACAAUUCACAGAAUCUGAAUCAUUGGAGAUUGAAAAUACCACUGAAGGCCUGCCAUUGCCACCCUCACCACCACCUCCACCACCACCACCACCACCACCACCACCACCACCACCACCACCUCCUCCGGUGGAAGAAACUGAUGAAGAGGAAAUAAAAAAGAAUGAGUAUGAUACCAUGCAAUUUCCUCCGAUCAUAAGCUCGUCGUUGGAUUGGGACCCUUUUUGUUCUACUUCACCAUUUUAUUGGGGAAAUGAAGAAAUGAUGGAACCAGUAGAUGAGGAAAACUGGGCAGAGACUAAGACAGAUUUUGAGGAAGAUGAACCAGAAGAGAAAGCUUCUACUGCAGAUGUUGUUGCUACUGAAGCACUUCCUAAUAAACUACAAACUGCAGGGUCUGUUGAUGAUAACUCAUCUACAAUGAGCUGGUGUGAUAAAGAUACAGCAGAUGGGACCACUGUAUUUUUUAGAAGCAAGAAGUCCUUAGAGGAUUUAGCCAAGGAAUUGGAUGACUAUUUCUUGAAAGCAUCAGCUGGUGUAAAAGAAAUCACUGUUCUUAUGGACAUAAAUGGAAGUGAUAUGUUUCUGCCUCACAAUUUCAAAGAGAACAAGAGGAAAGGUUCCAAUACUGCAAAGGUCUUUAGUGCAUUGUCAUGGAGUUGGUCAUCAAGGUCACUUCAGUUUACAAAGGAUUCUGUUGAUUCUGUUAGUUCUAAUGAACCAUGCAGGCCUGGAGCUCACUGUGUCACACUUAAAAAGUUACACGAUGAAGAACAAAAACUUUACAAGGCAGUCAAGGAGGAAGUGAUAACAAAGUUAGAGCUUGAAAAGAAAUCCUCAUUACUGCAAAAACAAGAGGCUGAAAACUAUGAUUGGGAAAAGACAGAUAAAACUCGGCAGAGCGUUGGGAGUCUGGAGGCUGAUAUCUCACAUCUCCAACAGACAAUAAGUAGGACUUGUGCUUCUAUAUUGCAUCUCAUUGAUGACGAGUUGUAUCCUCAAUUGGUUGCAAUAACUUCCGGGUUGUUACAGAUGUGGAGAACAAUGUAUGAGAGUCAUGAAGCUCAGUACCGUAAAUCACAACUAUUGAAGCAUUUAGGGGACAAUCAAAAGAUGGAUCCGAGUACUGCUAACCAUCGCCAAGCUGCAGUUCAGCUUGAAACUGAGGUCAUUUGUUGGUAUAACAACUUCAGCAGAGUUGUAAACUUUCAACGGGAGUAUGUGAGAACUCUCUGUAGGUGGAUCAAACUCAUUAACAGUAUUGUAGAUGAUCAUCGAAAGAGCCUUCACUUGUCUGCGGUUCAAAGCCUGUGUGAUCAAUGGCAACUUGCUGUAGAUAGAUUGCCUGACAAGGCAACCUCAGAGGCCAUUAAGGGUCUUUGCUCAGCUAUCCACUCGAUAGUCCUCCAACAAGAAGAGGAGCACAAUUUGCAGAGAAAAUUUGAAAAAAUAGAUAGAAGGUUUCAGAAGGAAAUGGACUCGCGGGAUGAGUUGUUGAGCAAACUUCAGGGUAGCUUCGAGGGCGAAGACAUACUCUCGAAUUUGAGCCCCAAACAUCCUUUGACACUCAAGGAUGCCAAAAUAGAAGCCUUAAAGAAGCAAUUGGAAAAUGAAAAGACUCAAUAUGACAAUUCUGUGCAGGCAACCAAAGCCAUGACUUUAAAUAGCCUGAAAACAAGUCUCCCAAAUGUAUUCAAAACACUUGUGGAUUUCUCUUGGGGCAAUGUUGAGGCUAUUGAGGCUUGUUUUAGCCAUAUUAAACCAGAAGAUUCCUGUGAUGCUGAAUUGGAAAGCACUGAAAGUUGAACCUUGAGAAAAUGCUGAUCCUGGUGUUUGGGUUAUUAUGCAUGCAAGUUUUGUUUUUGGUAAUAUGGGGGAUGUAGGCAUCUUUUCUGUUUGUUUAUAUUAGCAGAUAUAGCUGAGUUGUUCAUAACUAAUCUUGUGAAUCUUGAUUUUACCCUUCUAGGCAACAGUUCUGUGCUUGAGUUUUUUAUUCUAUGUUCUGAAAAUUCUAAAGUUUCAACAAUGGCAAGGCAAAAUUAUUGUUCAGAACCUGUUUAUCCAAGUACUUGUACAGUGGAUGAUAUGUUGUGUGUAUAGUAAAAGAUGAAAAUGAAUUUGGUUAGUUA